CCAUUGCGGAGGAGUGAUAUUACAGAAUAUAGAAAUCGCAAAGGAGCCAGAUUUCUCCUCAUCAAUCUUACCUUACAAAGUUUUUAAGAACCCUCCUGCUAAUUAAGAUGAAUUUUUUUGAAUCAAAGCACUCUCCAGAAUUCACAGAUUUGGACGAUCAUGAAAGACUACUUGGCGUUGACAAUUCAUCGUAUGGGAACUUUGAUGUAGCCUCUACAAAGGUUAUAGAACCCUUCAGCCUCUUAAAAUCAUGGCGCUUGAUUUUGACUUUCAUCUGUGCCAUGUACAUAAUCGUGUCUGCUCCUCUGCUCAUACUCUUGAGCCAGAGAAUUACUCCACUACUACCAUACUGUUCGUUUAGCAUGGUUCCCGAGCAUGUAUUCUCAAAUUGACAACUUUACAGCGCCGAUCAAUGAAGUCCUUUCAUAUGAACGGCAUUCUUUGCACUUUGGUGAAGACCCCAAAUUCACUGGAGCUCCCCAAGACGUGGAUGAAGCAUGGGAAUAUCUUCUAGAGCCUAUCAAUAUUCAUACUUCGAGGGAGGAAUUAGAGAUGGCUCACACAACUUUUGGCCAAGAUAUCGUGCGAUUAACAAACGGAGAAUAUGUUUCGGUUCUAUCGGUACACCACGAACUUCAUUGUCUAAACGCGCUUCGCAUGAACAUAUUCCAUGACUAUUACUUCCCAAAUGCUACAGUCGAGGAGGAAGAGUAUAACAUCUCACACAUGACUCAUUGUGUCGAUACCAUCCGUCGUAGCCUAAUGUGCAAAGCUGAUGUGAGCAUUUAUACGGCACACUGGAUCGGAGAUCAUAACGCUUUGCCCAACAAAGAACUUCGGUCAGAAUCAGAGACAGUGUGUGUGAACUGGGAAGCGAUUAGUGCAUGGUCAAGAGAGAGAUCGCUCCCGAGAAACAAGUAUAAAACUAGACCGGGAACAUUCGAGACGGAUCCCUUAGGAGCGUAAUGUUUUGUAAGCAAGUUACAUUAAAAAGGGACCCUGCCUCUACGUAAGCGAAAAAACAGGCGGAAAUUGAAUACUCUUUCAAAGGUCUUUUUUAAUAGAUUAUAAAUUCAUUUCAAAUUAUAUAUUGAAAUUU